AUGUCGCUGUUAUUAUUGAAACACCAAUUAAUACCCCAGGCUUACUGUAGGCAAUUUGUCAGCGCCAAUGGUUCCAAGAGACACAUAACAAACUUUGUGAGGAACGUGUUUGGGUUGGACCCACCACCAUCUCCUGAUGACCCUACUCCAGAAAACAGAUUCCACCCUUGGGACUCGUCACCUUCACCAGAUUUGCGCACCAGAGCCGCCCUCAUCAAGGCGAAUGCUCGAUGCCCGGUAACCAAGAAAGAGGUCAACUUCACCUGUCCUUUAUCCGGUAUUCCAACCCACCAUUCCAAAGAGGCUUGGGAAUCCGACACUCAAUACCAUGAGUCCAAGAAGUAUGAAACCUUGAAGAAAGUUAACAUUUACGAACACGAUUUAAGAUCUGGAAGACCAUUCCCAGAGUUCAACUUCCCUGCAGACCAAGAAUUCGAUAGAGCUAUAAAUUUUGGUAAUUGGGACGCUUUCUCGUACACCAGAUCUUUCUAUUCCAUGGAUACCGAGUUCCAAAUGGCUGCGGUCACCAAGAUGUUAUCGUACCCUAUAACCAUCGGAUCGGUGUUGCACCAGUACUCUCCAUACUCGUUCAAGCCAAAGGGUCCAAUCACCCUCGAAGGUCUCAAAUCUUUGGCCGCUCUACGUUACUCUUUAUAUCCACCAGACUCCCUUACUUCUUCGUUGAAGGAUAGACCAAUGAGAAUCUUUAUCAUUGGUGCCAGAGCUGAAUCACAAUUGCCACCACAUAUUUGGAAACAACUUUGCUACCUUUUCCCAGAAACUGCCAUUGAAAUACACUUCAUCGGGCCAGAAUGUUAUUUCAACCCAGAAAAACGUACUGUGGAAAUAAGCCAGACUCCAAUCGUCCAACGUAUUGAUGCCGAAUUGGAGUUGAUAUAUCACACUGAUUAUUUCCAUGUUUUCCAUAAUUACCAAGAUUUCUUCCCAUAUGAUCCAUACUUGGAUGCGUUCUUUGUGUUCCACCCAGGGUUCGGUGCCACCGACUCGAAUAAUAUGACUUGGAAAGAAUCGGUCGAAGGAUUGCUUGAAACUAAGUGUCCAAUCUUUAUCACGGGUUACCAUGAGAAUGAUUCCAUGGCCGAUUAUGCGUGGUUAGAAGAGAACUUCAAGGACAAGAUGGACGUAAUUUUUGAAAGAUCUGAAAACGUGUUUGGCUCUACCAAGUGGGAGUUGAAUGAUAUGGAUCCUCAAGAAGUUUAUCAAUUCAACCAGAAAAUCUUUGGGGUUAGAGGUAAACGUUACCAUAUCAGAAACAGUAAUUGA